CCUAAUUAUUUAAAAGUAUAAACUAAACAUGAAUUUUAAAAUUACUCUCGAUCCUCCAGAGAGAAAAUCAGAAGUGGAGUCUUUAGAUCCCGUUUUGGAAGUGAAUGAAAACAUUGCAAAUGAUAUAUUUGAUCGUCCAAAUGAAAGCAAACAGUUUGAGGAAAUUCCACCAAAAAUCUUUGGUUUAAAAGUUAUAAAUGAUCCUAUCACAAUCGACACCUUGAACAAUGCUAUUUACGAACUGGGCAUAGUGAGUUUGUGUUGGCCCGAGAUUAAAGAACCGGUGUUCGAAAAGCGGACAUGUUUCCCCGAAAGCUACUACACAAAUACGAACAAAGAGAAGUUAUUAUUGGCAUACGCGGAGAAUUUUCGGCGACAGUUUCAGUUUCAUUACAAGGCUAGAAAGCCAUUGUUUUUACAGGCCCCUAAUGAAUGCGGCCUCCAGAAACAAGUUUGCACGUCCAUCAGACCCACGAAACUGUGUUAUGCUGAUACGACCACGUGGCAGGGAAUAGCUUCACUUGUAGCUGAUUACUUCGAAUAUGAGCCUCUGAGGAAGCCUAUGUUGCAGAUCAAAGUUUGGACAAUUCGCUGAGAUGUCAUGUAUAGGACUAUGGAAAGAAUUUAGUCAAACAAUAUUUUUGUUGACCUUUAACGGUGUCGACC